AUGCAGUCCCAAGCGGAAAGUUCUGCACCGUCAUACUCUGAAGAAACGCCGCAUCCGCCAGUGGUCACAUCGCAACCCAUUCAAGUGGGAGUGGUGAUUAUAAACCAAAUGGGAUCGUUACCGGCUAGCGCUAUAUGUACAACGUGCAAUAACCAGAUUACAACAACAGUAAAGCGAAAACCGUCCAUGAAGACGCAUUUACUUGCAGUGCUUUUGUGUGGUUUCGGAUGUGUGCCGUGUGUCUUUAUACCAUACGUCGUGGGAACUUGCAACAAUAUCGAGCAUUACUGUCCAAACUGUAACUCAUAUAUUGGAUCAUACAUACAA